AUGGUGGGCUUGGGUUAUCUUAAUGCGAUUGGAUUUUAUGUACCAGCUUGGACUCCAUUGACCGUAGCAAGUGCGGUGUAUGGGUUGACCUUGGCCACCACAGCUGUGUUCACCGAAACCUUUGCACCCACCCCUUACAGCAAAUUCGGGUCUCACGGCCAAGCUCUAGGCAAAAUCCCGUCUCGCAAAGCUAUGUGGAUCAUUUAUUUGCCUAGCAUGAUUGUGUGCUUGCUAUUCAAGCGCAUAGGAUUUACAACGCGACUGGAUCUGAUCCAUUUGCUGGUCUCGGGUCAUUUUCUCAAACGGCUUUACGAAAUCAACUUUGUCCAUAUCUACAGUAGCUCGACCGAUUUAAUGACCGCACUGACAAUUACGACCUGUUAUGCUUCGACGACGCUUCUCGAUUUUUUGGUUGUACGUAGUAUUCCUGCUGCAGUGUUCAGCGGCCUCUGGCUCAAAUUGGGGCUAGUGUUGGUCAUUGGUGGCGAAGUAGCGAACGCAUAUCAUCAUUGGUUAUUGCGUAAAUUGCGUGUCAACCGCAAGAAUGGACAGAACUACCGAUUACCCCGUGGAGGGUUAUUCAAUUAUGCAGUUGCUCCUCAUUACUGGACAGAACAAAUCGCGUAUACCGGGUUCGUCAUGCUCAGUCAAAAUGUGGUUUCUUUGUGUCUGAAAAUGUUUCCCAUGGUUUAUUUGACCUUACGCGCCGCACGCACCCGCGAAUGGUAUGCGACUCGUCUAUCUCCCGAAGAACAAGUAGAAUUAAAGCACCGUAAACGACUUAUCCCCUUUGUAUGGUAA